AUGGAUAAGAACAAUUAUUGCAUCAUUCAAACAUCCGAGCACAACGAUACUUUUUUGUCUGUGUUGCCUUCGUUGUGGGUGAUUGAAAACGGAUGGGAACAUAAUGAAACGGAGGAUACAGGUAAUUGCAUUGCCGGCGACGAUCUGUGUUAUUGGCCAAAAGGGGUUUUCGGCUAUCGAUUGCUCGAGAAAUCCAAAAAGGAUCCCUACAUUCAACCGGACAUAAAGGUUUUACGCGCUUUCCGAUGCAAGAUUAAAAGGAACAAAUUUGCUACUUAUUCUGAGGCGUUCUGUGAACUGAAAAAAAUGGAAAUGUAUUCGGACACGGAAGAAGGCGAAAACGAAACGAAAAAGGUGAGCAAAACCUCAACAGCUGCUGAUAUGUUCAAGCGGAUCCAGCAAUCAAAUUUGUUUGAAUAUACAACGCAGACCCAAAAUGUUGAAAUGCCAAAAACGUCAAAUUAUUUUUUACCUCAAAUUAAGACACAAAUCGAUGUAGCUUGCAGUUCUACACAGUUGGAAUCACCCAGGACUAGUGUAAGUCAACUUUCCGGUUUAGAAGCAGCUCCAUCUGUUAUUCAAAGUUCAUCUGACACAUUAACUAAAUCGCGGGAUUUGCUUAAGCUGCUGCAAUCUCUGCAUGACAAAGUUGACGAGAACACUCAGUCAGUGGGAGAAUACAAGCUCAUCGUAAACAGAUCAGUUGUGCUUCUAUCUCAAAUCAAUGCGAAACUAGAUUUACUAGCCAAUCAAAUCAACAUGACACUUGACGUUGUUGUUUCUCAGAAGGCACAACAAAGCGAAACAAUGAGCAUUGAAACAACUGGUGCUCCCUUGAGUCCGAUUAAAACUAUCCAGGAUUUAGAAUCUCUUGAGAAGAAAUCAAACGAUAAACAAUUUGCUGGAGUUGUCGUCCAGUAUUUUGGUUCGAUGCAUGGCAAGGACCGAUAUGUUGGUAAAGGUGGGACGGUUUGUUUACAAAUCGUAGACUACUUUUUGACGUAG